AUGGCAUCGCACGUUACGUAUGAUGGGGUUACAGGCGCAGCGACGGGUGGCAACAUCUUCAAAGACAUGAAGUUCUGGGUUUCCAGAAGGGUUCCUCAAAGAGACAGUAUUCUCGACAAGAUUCAGAGCAACUCGGGUGUUAUCGUCGCUCUGGAGAAGGAUGCCGACAUGCUCAUCGCAGACCACGCAAGAAAAGAUGCGCCACUGGGGUCAUUCUCUUGGAAGUUCAUCACUGAGUCUGUAAACGCUGGCAUUAUCCAGGUCGAGGACAAAUAUCUCAUAGGACCCCCGCCCAAUCAACGUCGGUCGGUGCUCACAGGCGCACAUGCGAAGAAAACUCGGACCCCUUUCUCAGAACAGGACGAUGCCAUUGUUGCUAAGUGGAUUCUCAAACAUGGGAUCAAUACGGCUGGGAAUAAAAUGUACAUGGAGCUAGAAGACGAAUACCCCCAUCAUCCUUGGCAGUCAUGGAGGAACCGAUGGGUCAAGGUCUUGUCAUUAAGGUCUAACCAAGAGAUAGAUCGCCUAGCAAAAUUGGCCGACGUGGAUGUGGACAAUGCACCAAUUACUGCGAAACAUAUUAUCAGGAAGCACACAAGAGAAGACUGGCCACAGGCGCCUAAGAACAACGCUGUUGCCAGUAGUAGCGCCGGAAAUUCUCAAAACCACAACAGGCCGUCGCCCAGAGUAUCCAGAAAUGAACAAACUCAGUCCCGAGAGGCGGUAUCGUCUGAUCGCAACAGAAGAAACACCACAGAUGACGCUGCCUCUGAGCCGGACGAUAACAAUGAAGAAGGGGAUGCGACUAUCUACCACGAUGUGGCUGAUGGAGAGAAGUCAGCCCCCGACAAAGAGACUGAGAACGAAGAAGAACAGGAAAAUGAGCAAAAGGAAGAUGCCAGAGCAGAGCCAGGGGGCGAACUAGGAGAAGAAAGAGACAGAAGUGCGGAACGAGACACUGAAAACGACGACACCCACGAUGAAGUUAGUGCUGAUGAAGGUCUAUCUUCUUUCUCAGAGAGAGAGCAGUUCCUCAACGAUCUUCAGGACUACUGUGAGGCAACUGACAGGGAGCUUGAUACACGGUGUAUUAUUGGGAAUAAUGAAGUAGACCUGUGGGAAUUGUUUUGUGCAGUUAGCGCGCAAGAUCUACCACCAGAUGAGCUGGACUGGAGACAAGUGGCAGAACAGGUGGGACUCGGGUGGGCGCGAGACAGCGAGGUCAUCGUUGCCUUAUUGAAAUCGAGCUACGAUCGUCAUCUCGCAGACUUCGUAGAGGCCAUGAUGAGCUUUGAAGAGAACGAGGAGGAUCCUGAGGAGGACAUUGCUGAAGGCGAGGAAACUGUCAUAAGAGAUGGAGAAACUGCCGCGGAAUCAAGGACACCACGGGCGUCACAGACAAGCGGCGUAGCAUCUACAUUAUUAAGCAAUAACGACAACGCAAAAUCAGGGAAAAGGUUACCAGAUGGGCAGCUUACGACGCCAACCAAAUUGUCUAAGCGAAGGCGAACGGUGCAUACUGAGAUCCCAAUGACCCCCGAAGACAAGCAAAGAACCGGAAGGCGCCUGUCUGCACCAGCAUCAGCACCAGGUAACCUACAAAGCAUCGCAGACGAAGACGAAGACCUGCCAGACAUGGACGAACUGCUGCAAAGGACUUCAUGGCGGAAUCAACAACGGCAGCAAUCGCCCGACGAGCCAGAUAUGACUCCCUCCCAACAACUACGAAGCGAGAGUAAUUCGGUUGCGAGUCCCGAACCUAUUGAGCCAGGGACUCCGACCCUCUAUUAUAGUCCGACAGCAGCAGCUUAUCCCCACAGGAACGACAGACAACUUGAAACAAUCCAAGAGGAAGACUCAACUACGUCUACCCCGACAAAGCCCAGGUCUAAGAAACGCGAGCUACCGGCCUCCUUUCAACAACCUCGAGAACCUCGAUAUAUGCAGCUUGAAGAGAGGCGAGAAAAGAGGCGGCAACUGGAACAAGACCGACGACAACGGCAACAUCAGCGACAGCAGCAACGACUGGAAGAGCAUCAGCAGCAAGAGCUACGCCAGGAAGAAAGGCGGCGAGAAGAGCAACAAGAAGAAGAACAGCAGCAGAAAGAGCAGGAACAGGAGAAAGAGCAGGAACUACAGCGGCAGCGGUGGCAUCAAGACGCAGCCGACUCGAGCGAAACCGACCCAGAAGUCGUCCAGCAGAGCCAGGAACAGUUCGUCUCCUGGAAGAAACACUACCUCGACCAGGGCUUCUCCGAGGAAAUGAUCAUCGAAGCCAUGCGCCGCACAACAAUGACCCCCGGCGAAGCCAUGGAGGCCGUCCUGACGAGCCUCAGGGACGGCCAGGGCAUCCCCUCCAACCACGAGGGCAUCUGGACGGACCGCGACGACGCCCAGCUGAAAUACGUCGUCCGCGUCGGGGAUCUGCGGCGCGCGUCCGGAGACAGCGGCGACACGCGGCGGCGCAAGGAGAAGGCGCAGAAGAUGCUCGACCGGCUCCUGUUCAAACAUGACGAGUUCAGGGUCAAGCUACGGAGGAAGUUCCAUCGGGCGAUCGCAUUGGCGGAGAGGGAUAGGCGGCAAAGAGACAGGCAGCAGAGGGAGAGGCAGGAAUAAUGAUGAUUUUGCAUUUUGUUACGUUCGAAAGGAUGCUCUGCGAUUGCUAUUUUCUUUUCUCUCUCUUUGGUCAUCACAAGGAAAAGGGUAAAAGGGGAUGCUGAAUGGGAAAUGGACUGGGUUUUCUUUUGUGAAAAGAAUGUUUAUCGGGAAUGAAAUGACCAAGUGCUCUCAACACGCCACCUUGGAAUUAUACAAAAGGCAAGGCAGGGCGAGGCAGAAGCAUUUGUAGUAUGAGCGUUUUACUUUAUUUGUUGCUUUUUCCUUUCUGUCCCACGUAUAUACUUAUAUAUAUAUACUUAUAUACUGAAUAUAGCAAUUCCAUCACCCCUAAACCCAA